UUCUCAAAGCGGCGGGAGAGCGGGGAACAUCGCACUCAAAACAUUUUUUUUGUCUGGAAAAGCAAGCGUCCCACUUUUUGUACUAUGCGACCGUAUUGCGUGUAUUCUGUCGUGUAAAUAACUCUUUCCCCGUUUAGAAUCCAUUCGCCGUGUUGGUUUGCUUAACGGCGAAGUGAGCUUUUAAAGAUAAUCCCCGGGAUAGGGCUUUGAAGCGUCUGUUUUUUUUUUCUUUUUUUUUUUUUUUUUUUUGGCGUCUGUGUGUGUGUUUAGCAGCACCGUGCUAACACUCGCACAAGCCCAGCGCCUUCAACCAUGGCCAAGGUACAGGUGUUGAAUGUGGCCGUUCUAGAUAACCCCAGCCCGUUCGGGAACCCCUUCCAGUUCGAAAUAACUUUUGAGUGCAUGGAGGACCUGCCCGAAGACCUGGAGUGGAAGAUCAUUUAUGUGGGCUCGGCAGAGAGUGAAGAGUACGAUCAAGUCCUUGACUCCGUCCUGGUCGGACCGGUACCUGCCGGACGACAUAUGUUUGUGUUCCAGGCAGACGCGCCAAACACGGGCCUGAUCCCCGAGAGCGACGCCGUGGGUGUCACCGUCGUGCUGAUCACCUGCACGUACCGAGGCCAGGAGUUCAUCCGCAUCGGUUACUACGUCAACAACGAGUACACGGGCCAGGAGCUCCGUGAGAAUCCUCCCAUCAAACCAGACUAUGCACAGCUCCAGAGGAACAUCCUGGCGUCGAACCCACGCGUCACCAGGUUCCACAUUAACUGGGAAGGCUGCGCCGAGCGGAUGGAGGACUCUGAGAAUGUGGACCCGUCUUCCAACUCCAUGCUCCCGCCGUCCUGUCUUCCCGGCAAAGCCCCGCCCUUGGGAAUACUACCAGAGAACUCAAUGGACUGCUUAUAGAGAUGUCCCCCGUGUUGAUUUUCUUUUCUUUGUGAAAAGGGGGAUUGCAUUUUCAUAUUGUACAGACUCAUUUGCCUUAUAACUGCUCUUCAACCUCUUCAAAAAGUGUGAGGCCAUUUGGCAGAAUUGGCUGUGGUUCAAUUUCUCUUCCCACCACUCACGGUAAUACAAUUUCAGUACUGAAGCAAGUUGCAUAUAAAUGGCAAUAUUUGCUGUGCGAGUUGGCACUUAUAUUGACAGAUAGGAAAAUAUGUCACUUUCUCCAUGUUUUCUUUUUUCGUAUUUGUUUCCUUUUUUGUGUUCCAAAUAAAAUUAUCUAUUUGUA